GUCCAGAGGAGUCCACAGCCGCGGGGGCCCGCAGUCCGAGUCCCUCGCGCCCACAGUCGGUGGCCCGGCCCGGACGAGCGUCCUCCUCGAUCGCGCACUUCCCCGCCGCGCAGACCGCACACGCGCGUGCGUUUAGAUUCCCUCUGCCACCCGCCGCGCGUGCGUGCGCAUACUCGGAUCUUCCGGUGAUUUUUUGUUCUGCCGCUAACUCAGACUUGGAAAGCCAUUUAACUUUACUUCCUAACUAAUCAAACAUUUUGCCACUAAAAUCUUGCUGUUGAAAUAACUUUUACAUUUGCCCUCCGCGGGCCUUCAAUUUUGUAUGUUUUUGAAACAGUCGGAUUACAUAAGUCGUCGACAUGACCAAAUAACCACCGAGUAAAACAUUUCAGUUGCACGCUCACAUCGCGCGGCGGGACGCGUGAGUCGAUACUCCCCCGCGCCUCCCUGCACGCCGUGCCCGUGCCGUGCCCGUGCCGCGCGCGCCCCCUGCCGGUCCACCGACGCACCGUCCCCGCCGCGGCCCAGCCGAGCCCGGCCGAGCAAUGAGCGAGUUCGCUUUCGUGUCCGUCUCCCGGUCGCUGUCGCUGGUCGAGCUGAACGGUGACUCUCCCGCCAUCUUGGCAGCGUCGGCGGCCGACUCGAAGAAGCGCAAGUCGCUGCAGCGCAGCGUCGAUCAGCUCAUGGACCACGGGGACGGCGCGGGUGACGGCGACGGCGGCGGUGGCGGCAGUGGUGCGACCAAGAAGCGCUCCGUGGGCUCGCUCCUGAGGAUCAGCCGCAAGACCAAGCACUCGGACAGUGGCGGUGACUCCACGGCGGCCGAUUCCACGCCAGACCUGCAGCAGAUUCCAAAGAAGAAGUCUUCGGGCUUCCUGCGCAAGUCCAAGAAGAGCAAGGAGUCCGGGGACGACUCGGACGAUAAGCAGCAGGCCGCCGUGAAGAAACCCAGCCGCGCCAAGGCCCUGGUGCGCAAGCUGAGCAUGAGCCGCAGCCGAAAGGGCAAGGACGCCGUCCAGGACUCGUCGGACGACGACCGCGCCUCCAACCUGAGCUACGCGAGCUCCACGACGGCCACCGAGUCCGCGGCCGAGCAGUUCGUGACGCCCAGCGCCACGCCGCCGCCCUCGCUCACCCCGCCGCCGCUCACCCCGCCCCCCAUGGAGGAGGACGAGGACCAAUGGGACGGGGGGCCGCAGGGGCAGGGGGCGGCUGGUGGGGGGGCCGCCACCGGCCCGGGCCCGCGCGCCGGCCUGCGCGCCGCCGGGGAACCUCAGCCAGUCUCUGCCGUCUCGCUGUCCGCUCUGGAGGCCGCUGCGCCGCCCCUGCUUGCCUCGCUGCUCCUUGACGACGACAUGAAGGGUGACAGACAGCACGGUGGCGCCAUCAAGAAGACGCCCAAGGGCGCCCGGGCGACCAAAGGGCUGGUGGACGAGGAACGGAAGCAGUCCACGCGCGGCCAGCUGCUGUCCAUCACGACCCCCGCCCUGCAGAAGCAGCUCAACGGCGCCCAGGCCGGCGGCCCCGCUAGCCCUGCGCGCCCCGCCGGCAGCCCCGCCGGGCCCGCCCCUGCAGCGGAAGCCGCCGCCCCGCCCCCCGCCGCCACCCCCGCCCCUUCCACCGACGAGGUUCAGGUGGUGGCCGAGGUGGGCGGUCUCACCCCCAAUGGAGCGAGCACCCAGUCCAGCCCGGAGAAGGCAACGAACGGUGCUGCUGCAGGCGUCAUGACCAAGGCCAGCCCCCCGAGCACGCCGCCCUCCAGCGGGGACCUGAUGGCGGACGCGCGGAACAAGCUGUCCGCCAGCCUCGGCGUCACCGACUCGGCGCAGAUGUCUGGCGAGAAGCGCGAGCACCUGUACAAGAUCCUGGUGAUCGGCGAGCUCGGCACGGGGAAGACUUCAAUCAUCAAGCGAUAUGUGCACCAGUUCUUCUCGCAGCACUACCGGGCCACCAUCGGCGUCGACUUCGCGCUCAAGGUGCUCAACUGGGACCCGGCCACCAUCAUUCGCCUGCAGCUGUGGGACAUAGCAGGUCAGGAGCGUUUCGGCAACAUGACCCGCGUCUACUACAAGGAGGCUGUGGGCGCAUUCAUCGUGUUCGACGUUACCCGGGCGUCCACUUUCGACGCUGUGGUGAAGUGGAAACAAGACCUGGACUCCAAGGUGCAGAUGGCGGAUGGCUCACCCAUCCCCUGCGUGCUCCUGGCCAACAAGUGUGACCAGCAGAAGGAGGGUCUGGUAAACAACCCACCAAAAAUGGACGAGUACUGCAAGGAGAAAGGUUUCACUGGCUGGUUUGAGACUUCAGCCAAAGAGAACGUCAACAUCGAGGAGGCUGCUCGAGCGUUGGUGUCUAAGAUCCUUCUCAAUGACAAGUUGCUGCACGGAAACGACACAAAAGACCCGACAAAAAUAGCGUUAGACCCCAAUGGCAAAGCAAACGGAGAACCGCCCAACGGCAAAUCGUGUGCGUGCUGACAAGCCCCAAGCCAUGGGAACUAAUCUAAGUCAUUUUCAAAGUCAUGAUAAUUUUUUCAGCAAAUAUCUUACCACUGUCAGUCACAUUACUUGGUUGACGUGUUGGUUAAAAUUUUUGCUAUAUAUGCUUUACUUUUCACGAAAAUAGAUCAUCUCAAAACAGAGGCUUUACAGUGGUAAAUCUUAUUGACAAAACCAAAGCAAGCAAUACAAAACUAUGUACCAAUCUUUUGCCAGAAGUCCUGUGAGAGCGUGAAAAGAAUGUGCAUUUUGAUUCAUGUUGAAGUACACUUGUGGUUGAGUGUUUGUAAAAUAAGUAGGUGCUUUUUGUGUCAAAUUAUUUUAUUUGUACCAUGCAAUUUUCUAAUAUCAAUCUGAGUGAAUUGGAGUAUUCUUUGUGUAACUCAUAUAAUUAUUCUCUCAAUAUGUGAUUGUACUGUACUUUUAACAAUUGUUACGUGACUACCUGCCUUCCCUUCAUGCAUCCAAUCGCUUUUUAUACCUAGAAUCUAUGGACAUUCAAACUUUAGUGAUUUUUAGUAGCAUUGAAAUUUUUUAUAAACCACAUUACUUGAAAUGUUGAAAGUUUCAGUAAUUCUCAAGUUCAGUGUAUGCUAUCAUGACCCUCUUUAGAUUACUCUUUUAGAAGGAAUUGUUUAAAAAUUGUCUAUUUUAUAGUGAAAGAAGACUGUAAAAAAUGAAUUGAACUUCAUGUUUGUGUGUAUAGGCUCUCCAUUCCAUAUGAGUUAGUUGUACAUUGUGCCAUGAAAUCCUCUCCAUUGUGCCAUCUUUUCCUGAAUAAUCAUGUUAUAAUAAUAUUAUGUGGUAUUUCCCUGUGAUAAGUUAUCUUAACAUUCUCUCACAAAACUUAACCUUUAUUAUUAUAAUAGAUAGUUUUUUUCAUAGCAAAGUGAUUUUUUUAUAGAGAGAAAUUGCUCCUAUUUUUCAGCACAUGUGUUUUGGCCCCUAAUUUAUCUUGUGUAUCAUUUUGAGAAUGUACAAGACUAACAGAUUUAAUUGUAGGGUUUUAGCCUGCUUUGAUUUUGUUGUUUGUGUUUUUUAAUCUAAAGAAAUCUACACUAUAAAACUCCUUUUCAGCGGAAAUAUUCGUACACAUUUUAAAAACCUGUAUCGAACAACAAAAAUGUGCAGUUUGCUUGUACAUAGUGUCUUAUCUUCACACAUUCUUAUGUACAGUGCAUUGAACAAAUUUAUUUAAGCUUUGUAGAAGUAAAUUUGGAGUAUUAUUUUUUAAAAUA